AAAGGCAAAGCAGUACAACCCAAACCCAAUGCUGAUUGUCGUUUACAUUAACUUACUGUUAGUCUGUUAAUACACUCGAAAGAAAAAAAGUAACUAAUUAUCAAAACGACACACCGCUUUAGGGUUUAAGCUCACACUCACUUCACUCCUCCCUCACCAGAAGAAGCUUCUCCAUAUCCAUGGCAUCAUCACUCUGAAUUAUUCAUUCAGCUGAAAAUAUUCAUCACCGUUCUUCUUACUUGUAACUCUCUUUUUUCAUUCCAUACAAAUCCCGUGUUUGAAAAGGAAAAUGGAAGAGCACGAGAAUGGCGCGAAUAUAAUCGAUGAUGAACCGUUAGUUGGACCCGGUCCAGCCCCACGCGCUCGACCAAAACGACCCCUCCAGUUCGAGCAAGCUUAUAUCGAUGCAUUACCCUCCGCUAACAUGUAUGAGAAAAGUUAUAUGCAUCGUGAUGUGGUUACACAUGUUGCUGUUUCGGCUGCAGAGUUUUUCAUUACUGGAAGUGCUGAUGGGCAUUUGAAGUUUUGGAAGAAAAGGCCUAUUGGUAUUGAAUUUGCAAAACAUUUCAGAUCUCAUCUUGGUCCUAUUGAAGGUCUAGCUGUUAGUAUUGAUGGUCUGCUUUGCUGUACAAUAUCAAAUGAUCGUUCUGUAAAAGUAUACGAUGUAGUCAACUAUGAUAUGAUGGUGAUGAUUCGGUUGCCAUUUUUCCCUGGUGCUAUUGAAUGGGUUUACAAUCAAGGGGAUGUCAAAGCUAGGCUUGCUAUUAGUGAUAAGAACUCAUCUUUUGUUCACAUAUUUGAUGCACGGUCUGGUUCAAAUGAUCCAAUCAUCUCCAAAGAGAUACAUAUGGGUCCUGUUAAAGUUAUGAAGUACAACAAUGUGUAUGAUACUGUAAUUUCAGCAGAUACUAAGGGUAUCGUUGACUAUUGGAACCCUGCGACACUCCAAUUCCCAGAGAAUGAGGUGAAUUUUAAGUUGAAAAGUGAUACUAAUCUCUUUGAAAUCGCAAAAUGCAAGACUUCUGUUUCGGCUAUCGAGGUCAGCCCAGAUGGUAAACAAUUUUCCAUUACAUCACCUGACCGCAGGAUACGUGUAUUUUGGUUCAGAACGGGUAAACUAAGGCGAGUUUAUGAUGAAUCCCUGGAGGUUGCUCAAGAUCUCCAAAGAAGUGAUGCUCCAUUAUAUCGAUUGGAAGCCAUUGAUUUUGGUCGAAGAAUGGCUGUUGAGAGGGAAAUAGAGAAGACAGAAAGUGCACCACAACCCAAUGCAGUUUUUGAUGAUAGUUCCAACUUUCUUAUAUAUGCAACCUUGCUUGGGAUUAAAAUUGUUAAUUUGCACACCAAUAAAGUUGCUCGGAUACUUGGAAAGGUGGAGAAUAAUGAUAGAUUCUUAAGAAUAGCUUUAUACCAUGGUGAACGAAGUAGCAAAAAAGUAAGAAAGAUUCCUUCAGCUGCUGCAAAUGCUAAUGAGAGCAAGGAGCCUUUGACAGAUCCUACUCUCCUAUGCUGUGCUUUCAAAAAGCACCGGAUAUAUUUAUUCAGUCGAAGAGAGCCAGAGGAGCCUGAAGAUGCAACUAAGGGAAGAGAUGUGUUCAAUGAAAAACCUCCUGCUGAUGAACUUUUGGCAGUUUCAGAUAUUGGAAAGGCAGUUACAACAUCACUUCCUGACAAUGUGAUUAUGCACACCACAAUGGGUGAUAUUCACAUGAAGUUAUACCCAGAGGAAUGUCCAAAAACUGUGGAAAACUUUACAACUCACUGCAAAAAUGGCUACUAUGACAAUCUUAUUUUUCACAGGGUCAUCAAAGGUUUCAUGGUACAAACAGGAGAUCCUUUAGGAGACGGCACUGGUGGGCAAUCCAUUUGGGGAAGGGAAUUUGAAGAUGAAUUUCACAAAAGUUUAAGGCAUGAUAGGCCUUUCACAUUGUCAAUGGCAAAUGCGGGGCCAAAUACAAACGGUUCUCAGUUUUUUAUCACCACAGUGGCUACUCCAUGGCUGGACAACAAGCACACUGUAUUUGGUAGAGUUGUGAAGGGAAUGGAUGUUGUCCAGGCUAUAGAAAAAGUGAAGACAGACAAGACAGAUAAGCCAUAUCAAGAUGUCAAAAUAUUAAAUGUCACUGUACCAAAGUCUUGAAGAUUUUGGUUAUUAUGACUGGUGCAGUUGGUCAUAUAUAUUGGACUGGUGAUAGGUUGGUGAAACAUUAACGGGAUAAUUUAAGUUUCUUCCUUUAGAUCAAUCCUUUAGUUUCAUAGGUUUUGUAAUUUGUAUGAACAAGGCAAUUAAUUAUUCUGUGUGCAGUGCAGCACCUUCAUUCAUGAACUCUUUCUGUUCCAGAUGCCCUGUUUUCUUAAUCUUGACCUGUGUUUCAAGCUCAAUGAUGCUGUAUUGUUUUCUGCUUUGCCUGUGUAAUGUACUUUGAAUUCUAAAGGAUUGCAGUUAAAAAUCUCUUUGAAUCCUAUUUAUUA